AGAAGGAGUUGCGAGACAGAGAAUGGCCGCGCAUGGCAAGCCCGCGGAAGGCAUGGAGUGCCUUGCCACGAUGGAGGACAUCACCGAAGAAACGUACGUUGAGUAUCAGACGUACCCGAGUUUGCAGUGGCAUCCAUGCCAGUUCAGUGCCGACGUCGUCAUGCAACUCCAAGAGGCCCAGUUCACUGCAUUUAUGAAAGGUGUCCAAGAACCUGAUUGCAAAGCCGAGCUGCGACGGUUGCUGGCCAAAGGGCCCCCUAUUUGGAUCGAAGACAAGUACGGGUUUCCCCUACCGGACAACGGCGACACACACGUCGUGGCGCUGUGGUUCAGCGGCACAAACGAAGAGAAGAGCGCGAAGCUGAAAGGUGCUGUGGAGGGUGAAGAACGGGAAAAGCUGUGGUCCGAGCUCAAGGAAUUGUUGGCGGCCAUGGAAGAAGACAAAGAAGAAGUGCGAAACUGAACGUACAGAACCCAACAAGUGCUGAUUGAGCUAACAGCAUGAACCAACGCCAUGAGCAUGAACUGCUCGAGAAACCUGGCCAAACUUGGACAACUCGCUGCGCGUGUGUCGCUGCUUUCACAGCAUCGAACUAUGCAGAACCAGUCAUCCUUGCAUCGUCCAGACGCGUCGGGUUUGUCUGCCUUGGCCAUCGACUGCAGGGAAUAGCCAAGAUUACAGACCUCGUCGGUGUGUAGAGAUAGGUUCCAACCAGCAGAAGGUGUCGACUCGAGGUGACGCCAACAUGAGUCGUCCCGACAAUGUCGUGUGCGUAUUUUCGGGCAAGUGGCCGCAAACAUUGCGAGAUGAUAUUGCCAAAAGAAGCAAUGUUGAGUCACGUCAACACACGAACAGCCGAGAGCGCCGGAACGAGAAGCUCGUGAUGGAAAAUCGCGACUGGACUCCCUAUUCUGUCUUGUGGUUGCAUGAGCAGCUAAAACAGCGCAACGUCCAAGGGCAGCUGUGAACUGGGACAGAACGGACAAGUUUGGGCCAGACACAGUGGUGUACUUGACAACCUUUCAUCGCUGACAAGCUAGUAAGCGUGUCCAGUAACCCAUCACAAAAGAGCAAAAUACACGAACACAUCUACGGACG